AUGGAGUUUUCGACAGUGUUUCGUGGUUUUAAUGGCGCCCAACCUGCGCCAAAUGGUUCUUUAAUAGCAUCGAUCGUUCACCCCAAACUAAUUCUUCGAUCAACAACCACUCUCCAGGUAAAGCGGACAAUAAAUCUAAAUCCCGAGUUUGCAUCACGAAUAAACUUUGUCAGAUGGUCUCCAUACUUGGACGGAUCCUUCUCUUCGCCAGCAUGGCAUGGCAUUCCAUUGAUAGGGAAAAGAAGAAGCGGGAUUGAUAAGUCAGAGUCAGAAGGUGGAGGACGGCAAAGAAUUCUGGUAGCAGACGAACAAUCAAUACAUGUAUAUGAUGUCGACGAUGAGAAAUGGACCGUUUGUAUCAACCAAGGAUUCGGAGGAAUUAAGAAUGUCGAGUUUGGUAGAAAUGCGGAUGAAGUGGUUGUAUUUUCAGAAUUUCAGCUCAAGGUAACUGUGUGGAAUCUGAAUACAUCAAAACAAAUCGAGAUUCUUAACCCCAAGUUCCCGACAAAGGGUUAUGGCUAUCGCCCCUGCACCUCUCACUAUGCCCUGCUUACGCGUUCGGCAACACACGACGUUAUCAGUGUCCAUCAACACACUACCUAUAAACUGGCAUCAAGCUUUCAGCUUCCUACCUUGGACGCCCAAGGCCUCAAAUGGUCUCCAUGUGGGCGUUGGAUUGCGGUAUGGGACUCUGCCGCUUCUGGAUAUAAGGUUUUGGUGUACACCGCGGACGGACAUCUUUAUAGGACCUAUGAGAAGCCAUGUGAGGGUUUAGGUGUCAAGAGCGUGGAGUGGAGUCCAGGCGGGGAUUUUUUGACGAUUGGAAGUUAUGACGGACGAUUGGCAUUCUUGAGCAACUAUACUUUUUCUCCGGUAAUUGAGAUGAAUCAUACGAGAACUAUCCGACUCCCAGGGGUAACUGUAUGGUCUGAAUGUAUCAAGUCUCCAAAGGAACGUUAUUACGCCCAAGUUCAACAACCCACGACGCUGCCAAUGAUUACACCUAACCCAGGAGACACUCAGCCUAAGAAUGGCAUCUCUACAAUUGCUUUUAAUAAGCCUGAUGGGAAUCUUAUUGCAACCCGAAAUGACAGUAUGCCAACAACGGUUUGGAUCUGGUCCCUAAAACUACUUAGACCAUAUGCAGUUUUGGUCCAAAUGAACCCUAUUAAGUCUAUUAGCUGGCAUCCUACUAUACCAGACCUUUUGAUGAUCCAGUGCACUCCCGACAACACUGCCGGAGAACAAUCGAAAUCGCAGGGUGUCGUUUAUCUUUGGAGUGCAACAUGGUCGCAACCUAGGGCAGUCACAGUUCCGAUGGAUCAUCUUUCUGGGACUACAUGGGCGAGGUGGAUUCUCACAGCACCGCCAACAGGUAACGCCGCUACCACUUCAAGUACUGCGUCUACAAGUCCCCAACCAUGGGGUAAUUCUGGAAUCGAUAGAAGGAGUCGGAGUCCUGAAAAAGAUGUUGACAAGAAACCAAUGCUAUUGUUUGGGGAUAAGGAUGGAUACACUGUUGGAUGGGUUGAUGAUGAGCCAAUUCCCGAAGAGGAAGAGGGCGUAGAUGGAACAAUGGAUGAUCGAUAUGGGUUUCCGUUGGCUGGCAAGAGGUCAUGGGACCCAGUUGACUGGGAAUACUUUUCGCCGAGCCACGUUCUGCCAAGGCGUGCAUUAUCUUCUGCAUCACAAGUAACGAAGUCUUACAUUCGACAAGAAACACGUGGAGGUGGUAGCAGAGGAGGGUUAGGAAGCGUUUCUGGGGUAUCUGGAGAGCCCCAGAAUACCCGUUCCCAGUCAAAUGGCAAGGAGGAAGAUUCUUUUGAUUACAAUUCCCGCCACAAUCUCAGAGUGAGAUCAUAG